AUGAGCGCGCGCGCACUCUCAGACGGGGUGGCUUCUGCUGCUGCUGCUGAUGGAGAAGCCAGCGCCUGCACCUGUGCCCCCCGCCGGUGUCCGGCGCCGGUCGGUUCCCCCUCGACCGCCCCCCUCUCGCAGACUACCGCACUCUCGCCGGCUACCGCCCCACGCGGUGGGGGCCUUUUUCAAUGGCCACGGAAUCCCAGCAGCACGGCAAGCCAUGGGCGGCGCCGGGAGAGGGUAGCGCGAACUGGAAGAGGAGGAGAGGCGGCCCUACGGCAGCCGGUGUACGCUUCGGGAGCCAGGAGCAACCAGUUGUCCGGGUGGUGUACUCCCCGAGUGGUAGGAGAGCACCGAGCGACGGCGGAGACCCUGGUUGCGCUGGAUUCCCAUCGCGGCGGGAGCAGCAUCGCUCAGCAGCAGCAGCAUGUGUCGGCGGCGAAGUUCGUGCUCGGUGACAGUGCGCGGUCCCUGGACGCGGUAGCCCGCCAUGGAUUCUCGGUGGCCCGCAUCGGGAGGCGACCGCCACAUCAACCGGAGGGGGGACACCGUGAUGUCCAAGAAGGAGUCGCGGGCCGCCCGGAGCCCGGACGACGGCAGCUAGCCAUGGCAGCGAUCGCCCUUCCUCGCGCGCGUUUCUGUGCCGCCACUUCCCUGCUCGUGUGCUCGUGCGCGUUGUUGCUGCUACUGCUGCCCGCGGCCCGCGCCUCGGGCUUCUUCGAGCUCCAGGUGCUGGGCAUCGACAACCCGGGCGGACUACUGCUGGACGGCGGGUGCUGUGGUUCGCGAUGUCCCGGCCGGUGCAACACCUACUUUCGGCUCUGCCUCAAGGAGUACCAGGCGCAGGUGGACCUGUCCGGAGCGUGCACUUUCGGCAACCUCACGUCGCCGCUCAUCGGCGGCAGCUCGUUCUCGCUGCAGACGCACCCGGACCAGCAGCUCCUGCUCAGGCUGCCCUUCCACUUCCGAUGGACGGCCGGCCAGCGGCAGGACGCGAGAUCGGGCAACAGUCAAGGCAUGGCCACAGCAACAACGCAACGGGAGCUAUCUACGGCGGCCAUCGCCGCUGUUGCUGCCUCUGGACCGGGCCGGCCGGCAAGCCUGCCGUGGCAUGCGCCCGGCAGCAGCCACGGUGGCGUGGACGAAGAAGUGGAGGCCCGAGAGAGCUCAAAACCUGUUUGCGAGCCCGUCCCCUCGCGUAGCGGCAGCAUACAGGGGGAGCUAUGGAAAGAGGGUUUGGAGGAGAAUGCCCCCAACCGAGCUGUAUGCGUAGCACUCUCGUACUGA